CUCCGCCCCCGCCGCUGCCAUGGCGGCAGCUCCGCCGGUCUCCAAGGCCGAGUACCUGAAGCGUUAUUUGUCUGGGGCAGGUGCCGGCGUCGAUGGGGCCCCUGAGUCGGGUCGCAGGCGCCGCAGAAAGCGGCCGAAGCCUGGCGGGGUCGGCGGCAAGGGAAUGCGGAUCGUGGAUGAUGAUGUGAGCUGGACAUCUAUUUCCACCACUAAACCAGAAAAGGAGGAAGAGGAAGAUGAUGGAGAUUUGCCUGUGGUGGCUGAGUUUGUGGAUGAGCGGCCAGAAGAGGUCAAGCAGAUGGAAGCCUUUCGUUCCAGUGCCAAAUGGAAGCUUCUAGGAGGUCACAGUGAAGAUCUGCCCUCACACAGACACUUCCGUCGUGACUCCCUGGAUUCAUCUCCCCCACGGAGGGUCCGUCACGACACCCCGGACCCAUCUCCCCCGAGGAGGGUCCGUCACGACACCCCGGACCCAUCUCCCCCGAGGAGGGUCCGUCACGACACCCCGGACCCAUCUCCCCCCAGGAGGGUCCGUCACGACACCCCGGACCCAUCUCCCCCCAGGAGGGUCCGUCACGACACCCCGGACCCAUCUCCCCCCAGGAGGGUCCGUCACGACACCCCGGACCCAUCUCCCCCCAGGAGGGUCCGUCACGACACCCCGGACCCAUCUCCCCGCAGGAGGGUCCGUCACGACACCCCGGACCCAUCUCCCCGCAGGAGGGUCCGUCAUACUUCUCUGGAUCCUUCUCCCCUCAGGAAGCCUCAUCGUCAUUCUUCAGGCAUGUCUCCUAGGAGAACCCAUCAUGACACAGCAGAUUCAUCUCUUCCUAGGAGGGCCUGUCACAAUUCCUCAGAUAGCUCUGUUCCCAGAAGGGCUCAAAAUAGCUCACCUGACACAUCUCAACCUAGAAGGACUUAUGACUCCUUGGACACAUCGCAGCUCAGGAGGGCCCAUCAUAACUCCCCUGAUUUGGCUGCUAGUGUCCCUCAUUCACUGCCCAGACCCAAAAGCAGUAAAGGCCCAGAGAGAGCUUCUAGGAAAACUUCUCCACAUUCGAAGGGGCCGGGACCAUCUCACACAUCAAUCCCAAAGAACAGCAAAUAUGAGUAUGACUCGGACCGCUCUCCUCCACGAAAAAAGCGAGCAAAAUCCCAUAAGCAUGAUUCUAAAGACUCUUCCCCCAGCCAUAGGAAAUUUCAUACAAACUCUUCACCUAGGAGAUAUCAGAGUCACAUGUUGGACUCUUCCUCCUACCCAGAUGAUAGUCGGAAUGCCUCUGAUUCAGAUCUUUCUCCUCCACGGCAAAAGCAGAGUUCAGGGCACAAAAAUUCUGAUUCAGAUCUGUCACCUCCACGGAAUAGACCUACAUACCGGAGCUCUGAUUCUGACCUGUCUCCACCAAGGAGGAAACAGAGGGCCAAAUCUUCUGAUUCCGAUCUGUCUCCACCUCGAAGGAGUCAGCCUCUAGGAAAGAAGGCUGCUCACAUGUAUUCUGGGGCAAGAACUGGGUUGGUGUUAACUGACAUACAGCGAGAGCAGCAAGAGCUCAAGAAACGGGACCAAGAAACUACGGCGUUUGAAGCUGAAUUCCAAUAUGCUGAAACUGUAUUUCGAGAUAAGUCUGGUCGUAAGAGGAAUUUGAAACUGGAACGUUUAGAGCAAAGGAGAAAAGCAGAGAAGGACUCGGAGAGAGAGGAGCUGUACGCUCAGUGGGGAAAAGGGCUUGCCCAGAGCCGGCAGCAGCAACAAAAUGUGGAGGAUGCAGUGAAGGAAAUGCAAAAGCCUCUGGCGCGCUACAUUGAUGAUGAAGAUCUGGAUCGGAUGCUGCGAGAACAGGAAAGAGAAGGGGACCCCAUGGCCAACUUUAUCAAGAAGAAUAAGGCUAAGGAGAACAAGAAUAAGAAAGUGAGACCUCGCUACAGUGGUCCUGCCCCUCCUCCCAACAGAUUCAAUAUCUGGCCUGGAUAUCGCUGGGAUGGAGUUGACAGAUCCAAUGGAUUUGAACAGAAGCGCUUUGCCAGGCUUGCCAGCAAGAAGGCGGUGGAGGAACUUGCCUACAAGUGGAGUGUUGAGGAUAUGUAACUUUUCUGAGGCUGUGGGGCGGCUGUGGGUUGUGUUAGUGGACAUAGGGCAGCCAGACAUCAAGCUGUAACAGCUGUCUAUGCUAGUAAUCAGGGUCCACACAGACCAGCAACCUGAACGCCAGUUUUGACUACAGAAGAAUAUUUUGAGACCUGAUGUUUGGACUGAGGCACCUGUACUUCUCAGGUGUUCCAACACUGGCGAUAGCUGGCCUUCACAGGAAGCAUUGCAUUUUCAGUGUCCCAGAGUUUGUUCUUGGUUAGGGUUUUUCUUUUUUAAUAAACAUACAUUUAUUUUUUCACAA